GAUAACAAAUCUGCUGUGUCUGAGUUUCUACUCCUGGAGUUCUCAGCAAUACGAGACAUGCAGAUUCUAUACUUCCUUCUGUUCCUAGUAUUGUACCUGGCAAUUAUAUUCGGGAAUCUUCUCAUUGUCUCUGCAGUAGCGUUUGAUCGCCGCCUUCACACUCCUAUGUACUUCUUUCUGAUGAACUUGGCCAUCCAAGACCAAGGAGCUAUAUCAGUCAUUAUCCCCAAAUCCAUAGCCAAUUCUCUCAUGAAUACCAGAUACAUAUCUUAUGCUGGAUGUGUUGCUCAAAUCCUCUUAUUUGUUUUCUUUAUCUCAUCUGAGUUUGCUCUUCUUACAGUCAUGGCAUAUGACCGAUACGUUGCCAUUUGCAAUCCAUUGCAAUAUGAAAUGGUGAUGAACAGGGCAGCCUGUCUAAAAUUGAUUGCUGGUGUGUGGGUUGCUGGUCUGCUCUAUGCAGUUCUGCACACUUGUGGAACUUUUGCAACUCCAUUCUGCUCAAACAUUGUCAAUCAGUUUUUCUGUGAGAUUCCACAGUUACUUAUACUUGCCUGCUCUAAUCUAUACCUAGCAGAAAUUGGAGCUUUAGUAGUGAGUAUAACAUUUGUGUUUGGAUGUUUUGUCUACAUUGUUGUCACUUACGUGCACAUCUUUACUGCAGUUCUGAAAAUCCCUUCUGUUCAGGGAAGGAAAAAGGCCUUCUCCACUUGUAUACCCCACCUUGUUGUCUUCUCCGUAUUUUGUUUCACAGGAUGUUUUGCUUACCUUAGGCCUCCCUCUAAAACUCCAUCUGACCUGGACUUUGCAUUAACUGUGAUGUAUAGUCUUGUUCCACCCAUGUUCAAUCCAGUAAUCUAUAGCAUGAGAAAUAAGGAGAUCAAAAAUGCUUUAUCGAAACUGUUGGGUUUGAGGCAAUCUUCUCUAGAUAUAUCUUCCAGGAUUGUUCUGAAAAGGUGA